AUGGCAGGGCAAGCCCAGCGACGCGCCAGCAGCCAUUGGCUUCAGCAGUUCUCCAAGUACGAGGAGGCGAAACGACCUGGAGUGAUCAAGGCCGACAGGUUCACCAGGUGUCUGAGCAGGAUGGGUGUCGAGUUGGACAAGAGAGAGCACUACGAAACAUUGGCUGAGUGUUUUAAGACUAGCAGAGGUAGUGGUGGUGAAACCGACAGUGAUGACAACAACAGGAAGGAAUCUACCACGCAGCUGGUCGACUACGUUGCCUUUGUCGACUUCGCAUGCAACGUGCGAGACUCGGAGAAACUGAGCGAAAUAGCCGACUCGCUCCGCGAAAGUAUCUCCAAGUACGACGGGAAAAAGCAGUCGUCAACCUCCUACAACCUCGCAGCUGGACUCGAGAAGUUGGACAGACACAAGCGCGGGUGGAUCACUUCGACCCAAUUCGAGCGAGCGCUGCAGCGCGAGGAUCAGGGCCCUUCGUUCCGUCUAUCUGCUACGGAUAUAAGCGCUCUUGUCGACCGCUUCGAGUAUGAAUACGAGAAACAACAACUGGGCAUCGACUACAUGCAGUUUGCCCAGUGGCUACAGCCGCUCCUGCAUCUUGACGUGAAAAAGGUUCAUGAACGCGUGAAAUCUCUGGUUGAAGACGCUGCGGAGAAGGAAGGGUGGGAGUUGGAAGAGAUUUUCAAAGCCAUGGACGACGAUAAAGACGGUGAGAUUGACGCGGUAGAGCUGAAGGAGGCUCUGUUGGAAAUGGGUCUUCCCCUGACCGAUGCACAGAUUCGGUGCUUGGCAGACGAGUACGACGUCGACGGCGACGGGAAGAUUCAGUACAGUGAGUUUGUCUCUUUGUUUGCCCCGUCAGAAAAGAAGUUAACCAAGAAGAAACGCUUGAACGGU